AUGGGCUCGCCCCUUGGUCCUCUAAUGGCCAAUGUCUUCAUGUGUCAUCUUGAAGAAAAGCUUACACGCGGGGGCUUGAUGCCCCAGUUGUACAAGAGGUACGUCGAUGAUACUCUGGCUAGAAUGCCUAGCGUUGAUGCUGCUGCUGAGUUUCUUAGUACCCUGAAUGGCCUACACCCCAGUCUAACAUUUACGAUGGAGCUUCCUGUAGAUAACAAGAUCCCUUUUAUUGGCAUUGAAAUCGUCAAGAACGGAACUAAACUUGAAACUCAAGUUUACAGAAAACCAACAAACACCGGAUUGCUCCUACAUUUCCAAAGUCACACGGAUAAACGCUAUAAAGACUCUUUAUUACAGACAAUGAUACAUCGUGCCUAUUCCUUGUCGUCUACAACAGAGGCUUUCAAUGCAGAAUGUGCCAAGUUGCGCUCUGUAUUUAGUCGCCUUGACUAUCCAAUGAGUGUUAUUGAUUCUGCUAUCAAAAAGUUUCUUUUUCUAAAUUCCUCAGCGGACAAAGCAGAAAGAAACAAUGAUGAUAGUAGCACAGUAAGAAUUAGUCUUCCUUUUAAAGAUCAAGUGGCCGCUAAUGCGGUUCGUAAGCAGUUACGCGAUCUUAGCCAUAAGAUUGGCCCUACUUUGCAACCAGUUUUCGUGAGCAAGAAAUUGGGGCAAGACCUUAGACCCAAAGAAAUCAAGCCGUCAAUUGUUAAUAAGCAGUGUGUUGUUUACCAAUUUUCAUGUGAUCUGUGCGAUGCAGAUUAUGUCGGGUACACAGCCCGACACCUUCAUCAACGCAUUGCUGAGCACAAAAAUUCGGCAAUCGGUAGACAUUUCUUAGAAGCUCACGGUAACAACAACCUUUUGAGAGAAAGCCAAUUCACGCACUCUAAAUCCAAAAGAUCUGUUUUGGCCCCAAAAAUGGGGCCGUUUCGGUGAGUAAAAUACAGUACUAUUUUUGGGGCUAAAGUAGCCCAUUUAGAAUGGAGACGUUUUGGCCCCAAUGAACGGGGUAGAAAUAGCCCUCUGUUAAGUGGCCACAACGAAGAGGCAAAAGGGCUGUUUUGGAAAAAUAGGGAGUAGUUUUGGUUUCUAAUAGGGUUGAAGUGGUUCAUUGUAAGAGUCAAUUCAGCCCUUACAGGGCCGUUUCAUACCUUCAGUUAAGAUGAAAAUUGGCCCAUAUUUCGUGGCCAAUUUCACCCAAUGGGGAGUUAAAACAAAUGUACUUUCUAUGACUAAAUCGUUACCAUUAUGUCUGAAAUGGAAUUUCUUACCAGAGCCGUUUUGGACCUUAAUUAUUUAUAACAGCCCAUCCACAGGGAUUAUAAUGGUUCUUGGUAUUCUAUAAAAUGACCCCAUUUUUGGGCCAUUUAGAAUCAAGGCCUAACUAUAGCCCAAAGGAAAAUAAUCUUUAGUUCUCCUUCAGGUGCAAGUAAGUUUAAAACUGCUCUUUGAGCCUACAAUUAACAGCUAUUUACCCUAAAAGUGUUCUAAUUUUGUGGUAGAUCUAAUCUCAUUACCUUGCCCUCUCAUUUAAAAUACACAAGAGGCAUGCUCAGUGCAAUGUAAAAAUAUUUUAUUAUUAUUAUUUUUUAGCAAACUCAGCAAAAAUUUGGAAUGUACAUCUCUAAGAUAACUUUAUAAAAUACUGCUGGGAGCCCCAAUACCAAAUUUCAUAAAAAUAAUGUCAGAAAAGUGACUCAGCAGAACCCUGCUAAAUUAAAACUCUCAAGGUUGCCAAGAAGUUCAUUAGGUUCAAAAUAGAGGGGUUGGUGCUGAAUUUUAAGCACUACAUACAGCUGUAAUGAUCACAGUAGAAGUGAGUAUAACUUCUUAGGAGCCUUUGAGCAUUUUAAAGGCAUUUUGCGUGAGACGUUUUAACCCCCAAAUCGUAAAAGUAUGAAAAAGAAGGCAAAAAUUUGUUCUGUUAAGUUAGUAGAGCUUUUCUCAAUACAUUUCACUACUACAAAUUGAAAAUGCCAUUGAAGAGUGUGUUGACACUCGACAAGGUCUGAAUGACCUUUAUAUACCAUUACCAUGUUAACUAUAUAAAAUGAUGACAGCAAAGAAAUUAUACUCUCUACAAUACUCUGGUGCAGAAUGGUGCAUAACAUUAUUCCGUCACACACAAUGUACACUUUGUUGAAAUCAAAGGCCUCUUCAAUUGCAACAGUUUGCGGUUAUAUGAAAGUUGCUAUUUCUGCAUCAACUGAAGCAUUUCUCUGUCAAAAAAGCAAGAAAGAACAACAUCAACAAGUUGUACACUUACUAACAUACAGUUUCCCAAAUUAAACUACAUGUGGCAAUAAUAAACAAGAUAAUUUACAUUGACAAAAAGGGAAAAAUACUGUUCUUGAUAGCUGUGGUUAAGUAGGGUAAUACAAUGAAUGGUUAUCAUCUAUCUAGAACUAGAAAUGCAAAUUUUACAUAACUCUGCUAAUCAUAGGAAGUAACAUGGCCACCUAAAAUAGAGUUGCAAUAAUGUACAUGUAAGCUUUAAGCAGUUUAAGCUAUGAAUUUACCCAGUAGUCAAUAACAUUACAGAUGAAAGUCUUUUAAUACAUGCAAGUCUGACUCAGUAGCAAUAAUAAUAAUAAUACAGUGAAUCCUCUAGUAAGCGGACACCUUCGGGACCUUCCCAAGUGUCUGCUUAAUAGAGUUUGUAAAAAUUGCGCAAUGUUUGUUAACGAUCAACCUUUAACGGUUACUCUGUACUGUGAUAAAGUUGCAUGUUGUUAAAGAAGCCAUUCAAGUUCAUUACCUUUCAUUACCUACUUUAAUUGUUUGUUUGUAAAUGCGAAAACAUUAACUGACUUCAGUCCGUAUUUCAAGGAUGUAAUCCAAUACUACUAUUAUUAAUUCAGUACGGUGUCUGCUUAAUAGAGGCUUUUAACAAUAGAAAUUAGCAAAAUACACCUUAUCUUAGUGUCCACGUCCGCUUAAUAGAGGUGUCCGCUGAAUAGGGGUUCGUUAUAAAGGAAACUAUAAAGCAUUAAUUUCAGGACCCGGCUUAGUGUCCGCUUAAUAGAGGGUGUCUGCUUAACUGGGGGUCCGCUUAAUAGAGGUUUCACUGUAAUAAUAAUAAUAAUAAUAACAAUAAUAAUAAUAGUCUUUAUUAAUUCAUACGAUAAAAACUAUUAUCUUAUGUUACAAAACUGUCACAUGACCACUCCUCCAGUAUUGUAAAAAUAUUCUUUGUCUCCUAGCCAUAAUUUUUCAUGAAUUAGGGCUAGGAAACAAAGGAAAUUGAGAAUCAACCAAGAUUAAAUCAAAAUUAACCUGAAACCAACUUUGACCUGUAACGUAUUACAAUCAGCAUUACAUAGUAACAACAUUCUUUAGGUCCCCCAGCAGUAUAUCAAAUGUUGGUCAGUCCUUAAUACUUGCUCAUACAGGUAGAUACAAUAAUAAUUCUGACCUGUUUGUUUUGGCAAUUUCCCUAACCAUGCAUGUAUACCCAAAGCUCAAGACUUCUGAGGCUGGGCAAGGGGGAUAUUUUCCAUCAUACAGAGCUAGAUCAAUAUGCAUAUGACAUGAUUUGAGUCAACUUCUUUCGCUUGCAGGAAUUUUGACUCUCAAUGAUUCUAUUUUGCAUGCUUUAUUAAAGACUAUUAUUUUAGGUUGCCAAUCAUCCAAGUUACACCUUUUGGAAAUCCAGAUAAAAAAUUAUUAUCACCUUUAAUGUCAUAUGUAAAAUCCCUUACAACAAAGCAUUAAAAUGUGUAACCAUAAUGUGUCAGUGACACAUCUACUUCCAGUUUAACAGAGCUCUCUAAAAAUGGUAACUGAGUGUUUGAUUUCCUGUCAUUCCACAAGCCUCUAGACUAGUAUGAGCAUGUUAUGCAACCCUCCAAAAAACACACACCAAAAAAAGGGGAACGCCUUAUGAUAGAUGCACGACAAAAGAUUGGCUUCAUCAAUAACAGCUUCUUUUACAGUGUUCUCCUUAUCAAGCGGUAACUGUUAAAAUUUACUACCUGAAGCAACAGUUCUCACCGCCUGCAACCGCUGAAGGGUUAUUAAAAAUAAAUAUUGUAAGUUUAAAAAAUGCGCAAGUUGCGAUCCGAUCCGAUCAAAGUAAUGAAUGAUUAUGUGCCAAAGUACUAAAGUAUGCACAGCCUUUCUUUUUAUGGACCAAAAAACAUACUGGAAUCAAACAUUUUUACAUAUUGAUGUCUAAAGAUAACAGCAACUGAUUUGCUUGAAAUAGGUCUUCAAAUGAAGGAAUGACAUUUCAGAGACCUUAGCUCCUAAAUUUCUCAGCGAGGGCAGGGUCAUGUCCCUCACUUCACUACCCUCUUCCCCCAUUUCCCCUAGGAAAGUGCGCCUCUGGAGCAUUUUUUGCCUUACCGCCCAUAAAUGGUCCCUUACCUGCUGAGCUAAAAUUUAAGGAGAACCCUGUUUUAGUGUCAAUUCAGAAUAACUGCGACGUUAACUGAUGCCCCACUUAGUGUCAAAGACAACAGCUUAAAAACAUCACACUUUCUCCGACCUAAUAUGACGUCAUUGUUGUAGCUGUCUUCAUAACUACGAGUUAGUGUUGCUUCAUUUCUUUAACUACUUUUAAUUUUCUGUGAGACACUAAUACGUAAUUUUUCAGAGUUCAAUAUUUAUGUUUUAAAAUUCCCAUUGCUUAUUACAUGUAUUUGAAUCCAAAGUGCUUUCACUGGCACUACACUUGGUCUUAAGGUCACUGAUUCUUUUUGUCAUUUCCAGCAAAUGAUUAGUUUUAGUUAUAAGAUUUGCUUUCUUUUUUUUAUAGUUUUCUGCCUUUUCUCCUUUCACUUUGUCUCCUUUUUACUCCUGUCUUCUCAAACAACCACACAGAAAACUUAAAUAAAAUCUGUGAUGCCAAAAUUUGCCUACAAGUUCCCAGCCUUGCAUGAAAAUGCAAACCUUUCUGGAGGAAAAAUGUAAAUUUGUACACAAAAUUAAAGACUCCUUAAUAAGACAACCAAAUGACAAGGAAUCUUAUUUUUACUCUGAGCUUUGAUUCUAACUGUAAAGUGAUCAAUAAAUGCCUAGAAAAUUUUAGGAUUUCAUGGCAUGAAGCUUCGCACCUAACUGGAAUAUGCAGUACCUUGAUCACCUUACUAAAUCGUUAUGUGAGGAAAAAAAAUAGAAAUGUACCAUUGAUCAUUUUAAGCAUUGCACUGUACUGUAAAGUGAUCAAUCAAUGCCUAACAGAAAGGAUUCCUCAACAUCAAGCUUCGCACCUAACUGGCAUAUACCUUGAUCACUUACUAUGUACAUGUACAUGUAGCAGCCAAACAUUCUAUUAAAAAUUUGUGGAAAAAUAUAGAAACUUGAAAUAUUAUCGGAACUGAUUUGCAGUUGAGGUCAAAAGAUGCAGCUGACAAAACAAAAUUGUCUUUCUUCAACUAUGUCCGUGGAAACUCGUGAAGUUGCUGAUUUAUUUAUUACUUAAUUACAAACUGUUAUCUGCAAAACUGGUUUGAUGUUAAACUAGUCUGAAAUUGUUGUAAUUCACUCUAUCAGUUUUAAUGUAGCAGUGGUAACAUCAACACUGUAUACUGCCUACAAGUUCCCAGUCACGCAUAAACAUACAAAACUUUCUAGAGGAAACAUGUAAAUUUGCACACAAAUGACCCCCACAUGCAUCUGUAUAUCUUGACAAGAAAACCAAAUGACGAUGAACCUUAUUUUUAUUCAAAGCUUCAUGUCUACUGUAUAAAAGUGAUCAAUCAAUGCCUAGAAUUAGGAUUCCUCAGCAUCAAAGCUUCGCACCUAACUGGAAUAUACCUUGAUCACCUUACCAAAUCGUUAUUUGAGGAAAAAAAAAUAGAAAUGUACCAUUGAUCAUUUUUCAUAAGUAUUACACUGUACUGUAAAGUGAUCAAUCAAUGCCUAACAGAAAGGAUUCCUCAGCAUAAAGCUUCGCACCUAACUGGAAUAUACCUUGAUCACUUACUAUGUACAUGUAAAUGUAGCAGCCAAACAUUCUAUUAAAAAUUUGUGGAAAAAGAAACUUGAAAUAUAUUAUUGGAACUGAUUUGAAGGCUAGUUGAGGUCAAAAGAUGCAGCUGAGUAAACAAAAUUGCCUUUCUUCAACUAUGUCCAGGGCAUGGAAACUCACGAAAUUUGCUGAUCUAUUUAUCACUUAAGUACAAACUGUUAUCUGCAAAACGUGUUUGAUUCCAAAAUAGUCUGGAAUUGUUGUGUAUUAAAAUUCAUUCAAUCAGUUUAUAUAAUGUAGCACUGCACAUGACAAACCUUUCAAACGGCGAUGUCAUCCUUCGAUCCUUUACGAAACAAAUGAGACAAAACAUGGCAAUUAUCUUCAUAAGAAUCUUCUAUCCACGAUCUAUCUCUCGCUUGGAGUAAAAUCGCCGAGUUUAGCGAAAAUCAAACUGAAAUUCGCUUAAAAUAUUGAGCGUCCGUUGACCUGACCGUUGAAUUGAAUGGAAGCCCGCCUAAACAUUUCAAACAUGCGCGCGCAGUUUGGUAGUGUGCAAGGAUUUAUGGGAGUGACGUGUAUGUUUUCGUAUCCAAACCCCGCGCUAUCAUUAAGUCUUGGCGGGAAAGCAAAAUUAACUACAAUAACCUAUAAAAUGUUCUUACCUGGUUUUCCUCGGCCUCUGCCUUUACUAUCCUCUUAAAUUUUAAUCCUUCCUUAAAAUGGGGAAAAUAAAAACGGCAUUCUUUGUCGUCCUCAUACACUGUAACCAUAUCAUGAUCAUGUCCAUGAUGGGCUCCUGUCUCCGUCUAGAAAAUCAUCUAUAUUAAAAUGGACAGAUUCAGAACAACGAUCUUCGGUCCAAUCUGCGCCAUUUAAGAAAUCGUUGUGACUCAAGACGACUUACCUGUGGGCUCUUCCUACCUUGCUUGUGUAAACUUGUUUGCCUCUAACCAUGUCUUAACUUGCUCUUUCGAACUACAAACCCUUUAUCGAAGCUCUCGAUGAUAAAGAUAAAGCGGCCCGUACUCAGUGAUUAGGAACUAAUGCUUCCGACUAGACACUGAUAAGAUUAACAUAUAUUCUUCAAAUCGGUGUUGGUUCUAGUGGUCGAGCCAUUUUGCGUUAUCAUGGGGUCUAAACAGCUCUAUUAGUAUAGCCCAAGUCAGCCCUAAAUAGGGGCCAACUAGACUAAAACCUGAAAUGUCUCUAUUUUUUGAGUAGAAAUGGCUCUUGUGAAAGGGGCCGAUACGCAUCACAUGGCUGAAACAAUUUCUCCUGUGGGCCAAAACGGUUUUCGAUGGGGCUGCAAUGGUCUUUAUUGGGGUCGAUUUAGACCAAAUUGACAAAAUGGCUCCACGAAGGGUCAAAUCAGCUCCAGGGCCUAUAGAGCUGAAUCAGCACUUUGGGGCUAAAACAGAUCUUUUGGAUUUAGAGUGCGGUUUUAAGAAAGUGCCAGAGCAAAUUUGAUUGUUUAGUAUUUGAAAUGCUCUUCAUCAAGAAGCUUAAGCCCAAUUUAAAUAUUCAGACGGACUCCAUACGUGCGAAACUCUUUGUUUAA